AUGAAACUGAAAUCAGAAGUUAAAGAAAAGGAAAAUAUAUCAAAAUGGACCUUUAUAAAGAAGUCCCAUUCGACGCGUAGAGCUCUGUUCGUAGCCUUGACGCUCUACACGGCCGCCAUAUUCCAAGGCCUGGUGGUGGUGCAAGUCUACGCGGAGCCCCUGUUCGAAGAGGCCCUACCAAACAUGUCUUCAACGCUGUGCAGUGUGCUCUUUGCCAUCGUGACAGUGGCCGCUGGCUGCGUCGCUGCCUACUUGAUAGACGCAACCGGAAGGCGGACGCUCAUGAUCUUCGCCUCGAUCGCGUCAGGAGUUUGCUGCACUAUGCUGGGCUCUCAGAUCCAUUUGCACUGGGGCCCGCACUGGAUUACGGCCGUCUUCAUCUACCUUUUCUGCGUUACAUUCACUUUUGGUGCGGGUACAGUGCCGUUUGUACUGGUGGCGGAAGUGUUUUUGCCAGAGAUCAAAAGUUUAGUGUCCAUGGUCUGUAUGGAGUGGGCCUGGAUCUGCAACUUCGUUAUCCUGUUCAUCUUCAACCCGCUGGUGACCCUGAUAGGGCUGGGCCCGGUCUUCUACCUCUUCUCCACCGUCUGCUUCGGCUCUGCUGCUUUCUGCUACUUCUUCCUGCCGGAGACUAAGGGGGUUCCCGUUGACGUCAUACAGACGCUGUUCGCCAAGAAGAGAAUUCCUCUCGACUCCUGC